UUACUCACCGUAGAAGAAAAAGAUCUAUAGUUUUCAACUAGAAUGUUUUUGGGUUGAAAUACCGAAGAGAACGUGCAAGAAACGCGCAGUAUUUGUGGCGAAAUCUUAAACAACUUUCGCCAGCAAGCGGCCAUGUUGGAAACCGCGUGUACUGGGGCCUGAGGACGAAGGCAAGAUGGCGGCGAUGUCGGGCGAUUUUGAAAAUUUUCAAAAUAUAAAUGUUGAAAAUAUGGAACAUAAAUUGAAAUAUUCUGUUUAUUCCUGCUCGAGUUUCUCUGCCAAUUUUCAUCCAGGGUAAGUACAUUCUCCUUUUACACUUUUGGUUAAGAUAUGCUGAAUUAUAGAGAUCGAAAUCGUUUGUUUUUUGUAAAAAUAUUUGCUGUGUAUUAUUAAAAAUAAAUCGUGUAUAUUUCAGACUAGAAAGUACAUUUAAACCGAAAACUGGCUGUGCGUGAAAUACUAAUUCUACUCUUUGAUAUAUAAAUUGUGCAUAUUGUUGUGACAAGUGAAAACAGGCAUUUUUGCAGUAUUGAUAAAUAAAGUGGGAAGCAUUAGGGCACAUUGCUACUUAAAAAUUUAAAUGGUUGAAUUUUUAUUUAUCCCUAAGUCCAAGAUUACUACAUGUAAUGAAAAUAAUUACCAUUAUUUACUUAAUGUAAAUGAAAUAAUAGCCCUAUUCACAUUACAGACAGACAAGUCCUCUAGACGAACGUAUUGUCCCUCAAAAAUUGUCUUCGCAGACGGACCAGUAGUUGAACAAAUUCAGACGAUUUGUUUGUCUAAAAUUUUGUUCGACACAUUUUCACAUCUGAUGAUUUGUCCGACUAAAAGACGAUUUGUUUGUCUAGACGACUUGUUCAUCUUCUAAUGUGAAAACGAUUAAUCUUUCUUUUAUAGUAAUAUAAUGGAGGACAAACCAAAUGAUCAGAAUUCCAGAUGGACGUCUGAAACACACCAUCCUACACAGGUUUGCCUUUGUAAUAAUAAUAGUGACACCAGGUACAAAUGCAACAACAUCAACAAUAAGAAGCAUAGCAACAAUGACAACAGCAACAAAACACAGCAGUAAACAACAACCUGCAUUAGCAACAACAAACAAUAGAAACACCAAUAACAGCAAACAACAAAGACAACCUGGAACAUCAGCAACAAUAAACAACCGUAGCGACAAACAACAGCAGCAGUGAAAAACAAACAAUAACAAUAAAAAACAAUAAUAAAAACAACAAAAACAAUGACAGCAAAUAACAACAACAAACAACAAUAACAACAAACAACAACAGCAGUGACAAACAAGCAAUAACAACAAACAGCAAUAACAAACAAUAACAACAAACAACAAAAUCAAUAACAGCAAAAAACAACAAUAACAACAACACUAUAAACAGCAAAUAACAAAAACAACAGCAACAAACAACAACAACAUAACAAUAACAACAGACAACAAUUAACAACAAACAACAAUAACAACAAACAACAAUAACAAGAAACAGUGACAACAAGCAAUAACAACAGCAACAAACAACAAUAACAACAACAAUAACAACAAACAACAAUACAAUAACACAGCAAUAACAACAAACAACAACACAAUAACACAGCAAUAACAACAAACAACAAUACAAUAACACAACAAUAACAACAAACAACAACAAAUAACAACAAACAUCAAUAACAACAAACAACAAUAACAAGAAACAAUGACAACAAGCAAUAACAACAGCAACAAACAACAACAACAACAGCACAACAAUAACAAACAACAAUAACAAAAAACAAUGACAACAACAAGCAAUAACAACACCAACCUACAACAACAACAAUGACAACAACAAGCAAUAACAACACCAACCUACAACAAUGACAACAACAAGCAAUAACAACAGCAACAAACAACAACAACAACAACAACAACACAACAAUAACAAAAAACAAUGACAACAACAAGCAAUAACAACAACAACAACAAUGACAACAACAAGCAAUAACGACAGCACCCUACAACAACAACAAGUAAUGACAACAACAAGCAAUAACAACACCAACCUACAACAACAACAAUGACAACAACAAGCAAUAACAACAGCAACAAACAACAACAACAACACAACAAUAACAAACAACAGUAACAAAAAACAAUGACAACAACAAGCAAUAACAACACCAACCUACAACAACAACAAUGACAACAACAAGCAAUAACGACAGCAACCUACAACAACAACAAGUAAUGACAACAACAAGCAAUAACAACACCAACCUACAACAACAACAACAAUUGAUGACAACAACAAGCAAUAACAACAGCAACCUACAACAACAACAAUGACAACAACAAGCAAUAACAACAACAAUGAAAGCCACCUGGAAGAGAAGAUUCAUAAAAUAUUUUCUCAUUUCAGUACAUAACUCUAAAAUUGGAAAAACCAGCAGCAGUGACGAAAAUAACAUUUGGAAAAUAUCAUCAGAACCAUGUUUGUAAUUUGAAGAAAUUUAAAGUUUAUGGCAGUCUACAUGACGACCACAACAACAUGAUAGAACUACUGCAAAGGUAGCAUGUAUAGCCAUAGAAUAUGUCCCCCUCUCAAAUAAGUGUCCCUGCCAAAUAAGCCCCUCCCUGUCUGAAGUAAGUCCCCCUCUCAAGUUUACAUGCCCCCCUCAUGUUACCUUAAUUUAACUAUGACUAUUAUAAAGUGUUGUUGAAACUUAUAAUGUAAUAUCAGAGCUCCUGUUGAUAGCAGUGACAUGUUUUUGUCGCUGAUAGGACUACUCUGAAUAAAUAGAGGUGUCUGUCUAUCUAUCUAUCUCUCACAAAAUCCCUUGUCUUCUCUAAUGCUUCUCUCUAAUACCCCUCCUCUCUAAUACUCAUUCUCUCUAAUUACCCCUCCUCUCUUUUACCCCUCCUCUCUAAUACCCCUCCUCUCUAAUACUCCUCUCUAAUUACCCCUACUUUCUAAUACCCUCCUCUCUAAUUACCCCUCCUCUCUAAUUACUCCUCCUCUCUAAUUACCCCUCUUUUAUAAUAGCCCCCAUUCCCUAAUAAUGCCUCUUCUCUAAUAAGCCCCCUUCUCCAAUAUAAGCCCUCUCUUUAAUCAGCCUCCUCUUAAAUAAGCUUCACUCUCUAAUCAGUUUCCCUCUUUAAUAAGCUAGUCCCCUCUCUAUUAAACCCCUAUAAUAAGUUCCUCUUCUUAAACUCUUCUAUAAUAAGCCCCCUCUCUAAUCUCCCAUCUCUAAUAAGCCCCACCCUGUCUAACAAGAAUGUGAAUUCUACUUCUCUAGUGGUUUAAAAAAUGACAAUGUGAAAGAAAUAUUUCCAUUACGACAUAAACUGGGUGAAAAUAUUUUCCCUGUCAAGUACAUCAAAAUAGGUAAAUUAUUUUUUUGAUAAUUUUUAUAGAUGUUGGUGGCACAAGUGUUGACAGUUAUUAGUCCAUGUCACAUCCAAUAUAUUAACCCAUUGAGUGGCAGCACUCUUCCCUGAUGAGUAAAAUCAUCUGGCAUUAUACAGAGUAAAAUAAUAAAGUAGGGUGUAUUUGGGGCGCAUUGCCACUUAAAGGGUUAACAAGGUGCAUAGGCAGAUAGUCUGAUUAGCCCUUUGAGUGGCAGCACUCUCUUUCUGAUGAGUAUAAUCAUCUGGCAUUAGACAGAGUAAAAUAAUAAAGAAGGGUAUAUCUGGGUGCAUUGCCACUUAAAAUGUUAUUGUUAAAAAAUCUAAACUACCAACUUCUUUACAGUUCCUACCAUGACGUGGGGUCAGAGUUUUAACUGUAGUAUUUGGUAUGUAGAGCUUGCUGGUAUUGAUGACCCAGCUAUUGUUAAGCCUUGUUCAAACUGGAUCAAUAAUGUAAGUCGCAUGUUCAUUUAACUUGUCCACUACUUUUCAUUCAGACUCAAGAACUGAUCAAACUCUGUCCAUUUCUAGAAUUUGAUCAAAACUUCUUUGGAUCGAUUUAAUCUUUAUCUGUUGAAAACAUGUGAUCAAAAUUCUAGAACUUGAUCAACUAUAUCGAAACGCUAUUCAGUCUUGUGAUGAUUUGAUCAAAAUUUCUAGAACUGAAUUAAAUUGUUUGCUAUUUUUUGCUCAUGAAUUCUGAGAAUGAGAUUGUUAUUUUUAGUAUCGUGAACAGGAGGCAAUACGCUUGUGUUUAAAACAUCUUCGACAACGGAACUGUACCGAGGCUUUUGACUCGCUGAAGAAGAAGACGAAGGUUGAAUUGGAACAUUCAAUAUUGACUCAAUUACAUGAACAGCUGGUAAGGAAAACUUGGUGAUAACACUGAGAUUUAGAUUUGACUUCCACUAUACCAAGUUUGAUUCCUGGCGGAGGGCCUAAAGUUGCAUAUAAUGGUGUACAGGGGUGGAAAAAGUAUCGGAACCUGUGAACCUAGUUCCCAGAAAUUUUUUCGAGUUGAGAGUUUUGCAGAAAAUUUUCCAGAAAAUAUUUCAACAUUUUGAGAUAACUCUGUUUACUCAACUUACAAGUUACAACUAUUCUACUACACGCUAACAUCAGCAACCUUUUAAAUAUUUGACAGAAAUUAAUUCUUUUACCCACCCCUGCCAUCACAAUAAGGUAAAAUGGUAAAUAUAUGCUCUGCAAAGUCUCCAAUAAAAUGCAAAUUAAAUAGUAAACAAAUAAAAGUGAUGGAAUAAAUAAGAUGAUAGGACACUUAGUUAAGCGUUAGAUCCUUACUAAUUGGUCAUAACUCAUAACUGUGGUAUAUAACAGACAACUAUUGCUAUGUACGAGCAUACGAAAACCAGCCUAAAGCCUAUUAUUACUAAAGUACAAAUAAUACAAUAAUUAUGCAUUUGUUUUGUUAUUUUUGUAAUUGUAACAUUGCAAAUUUUACAGACAAUUUCCAGACUUCGACCCAGGUUCCCGGAAAGAAAACAAAUUUUUCCACCCCUGAUGGUGUAUAAAAUUUAAUUUGAAAACUUCCAUCUAUUAAAAAACCAUCUAAAUUAACAGGUUGUUCAUUCAAACUUUGAUAUGUCAGAACGAAUAAUUGAGAACGCUGCUCAAGGUAGUGUGUGUAUAAUUUCAUUGAUUGUAUCUUUCAUGAGGUUAUGAUUCAAAUGCAAUUUUAUUUGUCGUUUAGAUGGCUUGUUCAGUGACUACAUAAGUACGCAAGAUUACAAAGCAAAAUGGACGCCAAUAACAACAACUGUUUCAGGUAGAUGACCAAAACUAGAGGUACACAUACGUUUCAAGCAGGGCGCAAAUUAACUGCCUACAAAUCACAAAUCGUCAUGCGAAAACGCAGUUUUGUGGGCCAAAACACUAGCAACUUAUCGCUAUGAAAGUGAAACUAUAGUGUAGCGUAGAAUUUUUGAAAAUAAUUGUAGGCCAGAAAAAAUUCUUAAUAGACUAUUAUUUAUUCCACUUUUGUCCCAAUGGCCUCGUUUUCCUAUUUGGCUGUUUUAUCAUGACAAACGCAUAUGAAUUAGGUUAUAUCCCCAUGUUUCCUGCACGUGAACAUGUUUCUCUUUCAUCUUGAGCCCAAUCACAAACCUAUCCUUAACCCUUUGUACACGAAACAUGAUGAUAUAACCACGUGAAGCCGAGGCCAUAGGGGCAAGACUGCAAUAAAGUAAUAAACAGUACAGACUAUUCGCGCUCUAAUAGUUUUGUUUGUGGAAAGAAAAAGAUACAAAGAACUUAUUCGCGCUCUGUUGUCAUGCGAGGACCCUUAAUCAGAAAGUUGGUAGUCUUGCUAAUUCUAAUUGUGUCAUUGACUUUCAUUCUAGAUAUAAAUUCGGACGCUUGUCAGCCAGGAAUGCGAGGUGGUCAUCAAAUGUGUAUUGACGCAGAGCGCCAGAUUAUCUACCUCAUGGGAGGCUGGGACGGAAACGAUGACCUCGCUGACUUCUGGAUGUUCGAUAUCAACCAGAAAUCAUGGAGAAUGAUAUCACGUGACACGGAACCAGAUGGGGGCCCCUGUGCACGAUCGUGUCAUAAAAUCUGCCUGGAUCAUAAACGAAAGUUGAUCUUCAUGCUAGGGCGUUAUCUUGAUUCUGAAGUUCGAAGUACGAUGUCGUUGAAGGUAUGAACAUUCCCAUCACUAGAUGACAUGAAGAACAGUGGGAUUUUUCAAACAAUGAAAAGACAAUGGGACAUUCUGAUCACUGGUUCGCGUCCAGGGGCUUGAAGGACAGUGGGAUCUUCAAGACAAUGAAAAGACAAUGGAACAUUCUGAUAACUGGAUCAUGUCCAGGUGGCAUGGAGGACCAUUGGAUUUCUAAAAGAAUGAAAAGACAAUGGAACAUUCCGUUCACUACUUCAUGAUUGGAUGACAUGGAGUUUAUAAGUGCUGCUUUAUUUUUCAGAGUGAUUUCUUUGUAUAUAAUAUCGAUUGUGAGCAGUGGACAUUGAUAUCUGAAGAUACCGCGCCUGAUGGUGGACCCCCAUUGAUAUUUGACCAUCAGGUAGUUACACCAAAACGAAUAAUAUCACGUAUUUCCUAUCUUUUGUCGUAACUUCUUUACGACAUCUUCGCGGGGCUUUUUCCAGGUGCGUUAUUUCAUUGAGGUAUUAGAGAGGAAGGGACUAAAUAUACAGUAGAGAUGUGUGUAUUUGUGGGUAGAUGAUAGGAUUGAUGGUAAAAUACACUGCAAAAAUUUUUUUGAAAAUCCAAUAGAAUGGGAAUUGUAUGGGCUUUUAUUGGAAAUUUGUAUAUUUCCAUACUAUGUAUAUGGUAUCGAAAUAGUAUGAAUAUAUUAUGAAGGGCUGCAUAAUAUAGCGGACCACGGGAACAUUGGUCCCAGAAAAUUUUUGAGGUUGGCAGAAAAAGGUAAAGCAAUUUUCCCAGGGCCCCAGGCUUUGGGGGGCCCCCCGGCAAAAUAUUUAUGUUUUUCGGGCAGAGUACCGUUCGUAGCGACGUGAAAUUAAGUGGGAAAGUCCCACGAAAACAAUGAACACGUCCUUGUCCGGAAACUUUUUUUGUUGUUGACGGAAGAGUGAUGGAGAGCCCCCAAAUUGUAGAAUUUUUUUUCGUUGGCCUUGCGGUCCCAGAAAAUAAAAUAUUUUAUGCAUCCCUGAAUUACUAUGAAUUUAGUUGUGCAAUUGGAAAUCUCAUAGUAUGGAUUUUACAUUUUCACCAGUGAUAAUGUACGCUAAUGAUUUCAGAUGUGCGUAAAUGUUGAGAAUGGAAUGAUAUAUAUAUUUGGAGGACGAGUUUUAUCCAAGUGAGUUCAACUUUUUUCUUGUGCAUUCCUAUCAAAACAAUAAAGUUAGCAGCGAGUUAAGAUUGCAUGAUAUUAAUCUAUUUCUGUAGUACAUCAUCUGACAUAGCUGGUUUGGCAACUACUGCUGUCUUCAGUGGUCUGUAUUGCUAUCACAGUGGUACCAACACAUGGACAAAAUUACGGUACAGUUUAAUAUUCUCUGUUUUUAUCUCGUUAACCCAUUGAACGCCAUCACUUUCCUCUUAACAAGUAAAUUAAAUGCUUGUGAUGUUACUCUGAGUGUAUAUCCACACCGGGCAGACUUGAAAAAUAUGCCUGACCACGGUGGGAAUCGAACCUACGACCUUUGGAAUACUAGCCCAAUGCUCUGCCUGUCUGCCAACUGAACUACGCGGUCAGGUCGGUUCGAGUAUGCGAUAUUUCGAAACAGAAUUUAGUUCCUUCGAUAUCAAUGUAAUCUAAUAAUCAUGAUUUUUUUUCCUGAUCAAUGUAAUCUAAUAAUCAUGAUUUUUUCACAGAAAAAAAAUCAAGUAAAUUAAAAUCGUCGGCCGUUUGCCCUACUUUGUUAUUUUAAUCUGUCUAACGGUGGUGGGCGGACGAUUUUGGUCGCAAUGUCAGUUCAAGAGUUAAGAUAAUUUUUCCGUGUCUAGGGAUGACCGCCCUGAGUUAGUUUCAAGAAUUGGUCAUUCCAUGCUUUUUUACGAGGUCAGUAUCUUUUGUAUUGAUCAUGGGAAAUUAGAACGUGACAUUAUAUAGGGUAGUACACAAUUGGCCAACACGUUGUUAGGCCGUUGCGGACAUUAGGGUAUAAAUUCCAACGAUUGAUUCCUGCGCCUUCAUUCCAUCCAUUAUGUGUUUUUAAUGGAUUUCAUGCAUUUGCAUUGUCUGUAGCUCAUCCUAUCUGUUUAAGAAACACUAUAAGCAAUCGCUCCUAUUAACUCAAAUGUAAUUAUAGAGUAUAUACAGUUGUGAAUUCGUUCUAGCGCCGCUCCGUUCUCAUUAGUAGCAAAUCGUAGGCAGUGGACAACUCGAAAGCAUUAUGCUACUUUGUCCACUGCGCAUGGCAUAAUGAAUUAUUAACUCCAAUUUAUAUCUACUACUCACCAAAACCUUAUUACUCUUCACUUUUGUAAAUAAUCUAUAUGACAUGCGCAACUUCAAUAAAUUGUAAAAAAUUGUAAUUGUGUUUGUUGUAGAAAAACCGAGCACUUUAUAUAUUUGCUGGUCAAAGAGGACGUGAGUUUUUAAGGUACCGUCCUCUUGUUCAAGUUAUUCUAAUAGAGUGUAAACUGAAAUUGUGAAUUGGUUUGACUCACAUGCUUAUUUUACCUUGCAGUAAUUUUACGAGGUAUGAUACCGAUACUGACACAAUCACUGUCUUAUCUGGAACAAAUGGAAACGAUAAAAACGAAGGUACACAUGAGAAUAAAAAAUUUACUUGUCUAUUGCACAAUCCGUAAUUAAUCAUUAAAUUAUUGUAUCAAAUUAUAUAUACUGUAACAUAUUAAAUCAUAAUUAAUUGAGUAAUUAGAACGUGAUCUUACUUUCGUAGUUCCAGCUGCAGGCUUCACCCAACGAGCAACAAUUGACCCUGAGACCGGAGAAAUACAUGCAUUGUCUGUAAGUUUUGUCUGUUUGCAACCUUUCACCUCAAUCGUACAUAUAUAUCAUGCAUCCCCAAUUUCUUUUCUUAUUUUAGGGUUUAAGUAAAGACAAAAUCAAACGCGAGGAAUCUACACGAAAUUCGUUCUGGGUUUAUGAUAUUGAAAGCAAUAAAUGGUCGUGUAUUUAUAGAAAUGAAAAUACUGGCAGUCAAUAUUGGAGCAAAAUGCAGAGUAUUGAACCUUGUCCUAGGUUUGCUCAUCAGCUCGUUUAUGAUUAUGUUAAUAAGGUAAGGAUAGCAUCGCUGGCAGCUGCAGCUGUUGUCCCUUACCGCUGAGUCAAGCCUUCUACUGUACACGGCAAAAAACGCCGAGCCCGUUGCUCAACAGGACUGAACAAUGUUUUGCUGCCCACGUUGUUCACACUUGUCAACAAUAUUGAACAACGUUGUUGAGCCUGAAUCGGGUGUAACAAUAUUGUUCAAUAUUGUUGACAGCUAUGAACAAUGUGGGCAGCAAAACAUUGUUCAAUCCUGUUUUCAUCAGUAUUGCAUCAACCUGAGCGUUUUUACGCGUGUAGGUCGAGGUACAGAUUAAGUAUGAACAGAUGUGUAACUUCAGUAAAAACGUUGUCCUACGGUCGCCAUCUUCCUAGCGAGUGUCGCUCGCGUGAUUAUUCGUCAUUUGGUGAUACGUCAUCAGUACGCCGCCAUCUUCCUAGUGCUCAGUUUCUUGUGUUUCAAGGACUUUUCUCCGCUCCUCUCAUUUUCUUGCUCUCCAGAAACUAGCUCUAGGCCUUAGUUGUCGAGCGCAUGUAUCGUGAGCCUCUGGUGAAUUCAGUAACCACACCCUGUUUACUCGAGAUUAAAUAACUCAGAUUUAAUAUCAUGUGACCAAAAUAUUAGCAGUAUUAUUGGCUAAUUCCCUCAUGAAUUUAAUCGAUUUUUAGGUUCAUUAUUUAUUUGGUGGGAAUCCUGGCAAAUCUGGUUCUCCAAAGAUGAGACUGGACGAUUUCUGGUCUUUAAAACUCACGAAACCGUUACUUGCACAUUUUCUGAGGCGUUGCAAGUAUCUUAUUAGAAAACAGAAGUAAGCCUGCUUCAUUUCUACACGAUAGUUAAUUAGUCUCAUUGUAGUUAAUUAGUCUCAUUGUAGUUAAUUAAUCUCAUUGUAGUUAAUUAGUGAUAUGUAUUGAUAGUUAAUUAGUCUCAUUGUAGUUAAUUAGUCUCAUUGUAGUUAAUUAGUGAUAUGUAUUGAUAGUUAAUUAGCCUCAAUGUAGUUAAUUAGUGAUAUGUAUUGAUAGUUAAUUAGCCUCAAUGUAGUUAAUUAGUGAUAUUUAUUGAUAGUUAAUUAAUCUCAAUGUAGUUAAUUAGUGAUAUUUAUUGAUAGUUAAUUAGUCUCAUUGUAGUUAAUUAGUGAUAUGUAUUGAUAGUUAAUUAGCCUCAAUGUAGUUAAUUAGUGAUAUUUCUUGAUAGUUAAUUAGUCUUAAUGUAGUUAAUCAGUGAUAUUUAUUGAUAUUUAAUUAGUGUCAUUGUAAAUAAUUAGUGGUAUUUAUUGAUAAUUAAUUAAUCUCAUUAUAAUUAAUUAGUGAUAUUUAUUGAUAGUUAAUUAGUCUCAUUAUAGUUAAUUAGUGAUAUUUAUUGAUAGUAAAAUUAGUCUCAAUGUAGUAAAUUAGUGAUAUUUAUUGAUAGUUAAUUAGUCUCAAUGUAGUUAAUUUGUGAUAUUUAUUGAUAGUUAAUUAGUGUCAUUUAAUUUAAGGUUUCUUCAACUGGCAAAAUGUAACAGUUUGGAAGCGUUGACUUAUUUACAGGUACAAUCAAACGUGCCAGAGGACAUGGAUUGUCUAUGGUCGUACUUUGUGAAUUUAUGUUGUCCUGGGGUAGGAGUAAGCACAUAAGUUAUAUCACGUAUAUAGAUUCACUGGCUGACGAUCUCCAACGUGAAAGCGCCGAUGAUUGCGCCACAGAAACUCGUUUUAAGGCUACGAUGAAGCUUUUAUUUAUAUUUUUGUUUAGCAUGAUCUUUCAACCAUGGUGAACCAUGAGGAUCUCGAUGAAAGACACGAGGUAUAGCACAAUUCAAACUACAGGUCUUUAACACCUAUUAUACCCGCAAUAAGUAAGAGUUAUAAACCGAGUAGGAGGUUUAUAACUGAUAUAUAUCACACUUGCGGAGGUUUUCCAACAUAUUUUGUCAUUUUCAAACAUUUUUAAUGAAAAAUUCUCGCGUUUUUGUCUACAAGUUUCAUCUAAUCAUUUAUUCAAGGUCUAUAAGCUAGUUAUAAACCUCGGACGAACAAAGAAAACCGACGCAAGUGUGAUAUAAUUCUGGAAACAAACCAAGCCUGAUGAUUUCCUGUUAGUUUGUCUAAUAACUAAAUCUGCGUCUUUUCAUUUAGUUUGAGCGUUUAACAUCCAGCUUAUUUUCUUCAAAAGACGGCACGGAUGACGCAUGCCCAAGCAAGCAAGGUGAGCACCUUGAAUGUAACGUAGUCACUAUGUAUGUGUUAGGCCCGCAGGUUCUAUUCCUUCCAGGGACCUAAAGUUCCAUUUUUCGCAGCUGUUCCCGGUUAGGUUAUUUAUGGGGCUUCGGUGGUGAAGUGGUUAGAGCACUUACCUUUCACCUCUGAGGUUGCAGGUUCAAGCUGUGGGUUUUCCCCGAGUACUCCGGUUUCCUCCCACAGGGAAAGUUGACAGGGUGGGUUAGGUAAAAGGGCCCACAGUAAUUGGCAUAUGCUGUUUUGGUGACCCUGCCCUAGUUGGCAAAAGCUAAAAUAAAACGAAAGAAAUGUACUAUAUAAAUUUCCACUCGAUUAUUUCCAUCUACAAUACCCUUCAACAUAACUAUGUAUGCAUUUACGUAGAAUGCACUAGGCUUAGAACCUUGCUAUUAUUUCUUUCACAGGAGCUGAAUUCUAUUCAAAUGACCAAGUAUUUGUUGGCCGUUCUCAGGUAUAUACAGUCUUCUGUUUAUACAGUAACAGUGAGGUGGAGAUUUGACUUUCACUACCUUUCACUAAGUUCGCAUGUGAUUGGUUGAUCGGGUAGAUUAAACCCAUCUGAUUAGUCCAUGGUCCCUUUAUGGUAGCAACAGGGCCUUUUUUAACAUACAAGCUGGGGGGGGCAAAUGCCCCCCCAGUCCCCCCUUGUGCCCCCCCACGAAAUCACAUUUUGCCCCCCCAGGAAAAGUCCCUUUUCCCUAAAAUUAUAGAAACAAACCAGCGAAGAUUAACAAAUACAUAAACGGAAAGUAAGUUUUAGGCUUUAUCCUUUGUCCUUGUUUAACAAAAUCGAUUUAAAUUGUUACUUUUUUCUACCACUAAGUAAUGAUAAAUUAUUGUUAAUAAUUUUUUAUUUUUUGGAUGCUCAGAAUGCAGGAAAUAGCAUUUCCAGGUUUCAAAUUUCAAAAAUUUUCUGGGGAUUAUCCCUCUAAUAAGUAAUGAUAAAUUACAGUUAAUAUUCUUUUUUACUUUUUGUGCAUAUUUUCCAUCUUUUAUUUCAAAUACAAGUAUAGUUAGCAUAAAUUUUAGAACAAAUUUGGAUGCUGAGAAUGCAGGAAAUGACAUUUCUGGGAUUCAAAUUUCAAAAAUUUUUUGGGGGAGUACUCCCCCAGACCACCCCCAUUCAUGCGUGGUAUAUUGGCCACACACGUAGCCUUCAGCCAUUGCUAUCCCCCUCUAAUAUAUUAUCUCACAGAAAAGUCCCUUUUCAAAAAAUGCCCCCCCCCCCACGGGAAAAUCCUUAAAAAAGGCCCUGGGUAGCAAUAGUGGAAGUGGAAUCUCAACCUCACUAGUAUUACCUCAGUUUCAUGUGAGAAGAGUUCUGAUGCAGUUUGACCAGACAACGUGUGUUUUCUCUGGUUUUCUCCUGUGGUCUAAUAAUCAUUGGAACAAAGGAUGAACCUUACUGGCCCUCUAGGGAGAACAGCUUAUACACUGAACUGAUAGAGUUACUGUAUUUUACUGUUUCUAGUUAUUUGAUCAACUUGUGACAUACUUCCCAGACAAUAUGACUCAACCAAAAGAAAAUCUUGCUGACAUCAUAAAAAUUUGACAUCUUCCAGCCGUGUAAAGUUUGUACAUGUAUUCACGUGGUGUGUGUGUGAUCUCACCAUAAUGACUGGCUGGUUACACUAUCAAAGUUUCUGUGAUCACACUAGGAAUUUUGCAUUCGGUAAAUUCUAAAUGUUAAAUGCUGAGGUUUCCUCAAACAUUUCUUACAAAUCCUUCAAAACGUAGAAUUUACCCAUGCAAAAUUCCUACUGUGAUCACAGAAACUUUGAUAAUGUACACCAGACUUAAGAUUUUUUUGUAAAUUACAAUGUGUAUAAAAUACAUAUAUAUACUUCAAAAUGCCUUCAAAAUAUAGUUUUUAUUUAACAAUAUUUUGAAUUAUAUAUAGAUACAGCAAAUUGCAGUCUUUAUUAAAAGUAGCAAAGUUUUAUUAUUAAUGGCGAUAAUAUUUCAUUUUUGUACAAGAAGGUUAGUUUUUUCUGCUUUAGAACUUGUCAAAGCUCAAGUGUCAGAGGUAAGUGACUGAAUAUAUUUUCACAUGGAUGUUUAAGCGAGCUUUGUCUUCAAGUGAUGAAAUGUCAUAAUGUUUCUGCUAAAUCACUCUGUCCAAAAUACCUGGAAAAAAAGAUUGUUAGUUAUACAAACAAGAGAUCUAAAUAAAAUAAAAAACACUUUGACAUUCCAAAGAAGGCCUUUCAUCAGCAGUAAGUUCUGCUUAAUAUUAAUCUCCUAGCGAUGGACCUCGCGAAAACAUCAAAGUACGCACCUCAUAACUAAAAUAAUUAUUAAAUACAACGCAGCCAUUUCGUCCGUCUGUUCUGGAGUCUAAACAAAUAGAAAUCAUGAACGUUUUAGGGUGGCUUUA